AUGCAACGUGCGUUCGGUAUCAUCACCAAACUUGACCUCUGUCAAACUCCAACCAUCUAUCAAGAACAUUAUGAAAAAGCUUCUACUGAACUCAUUGAUAAACAUUUUAAACCAGAAUAUAUUUAUGCUGCCUGUCCACGGAUGCAAAUUCUGAAUGAAAACUCCGAAGAAUUUCGUGUUAUUAAUCAAAAACUACAUAGUUUUGGUGGUGAUUUGGAACAAGGAUUCAAACGAAGUAAAAAUGGUCUCAAUAAAUUUAUUGAAUUUGAAUUACCAAAAACGCAUUUGAAACAGCUGGUUGAUUUGGGACGGAUGCGAUUAGUUCGACACGUAUUGGAACGACUUGAUAGAAUCAAACAAAAUCAGUUCUGGCCACAAAAUCUGGCUAUGACGUCAAUUGAUGAGUAUAUUAAACAAUACAACACAGAGAAUUGGGACAAAAUUUUCUAUGAAAAUAUCUUUCAACCUGCCUUCGCCAAAGCAAAUCACUGGCAUACAACCAUCGUCACCAAAGAACGUACAAAAUUUGUCGAUAAUGUUAGACAAAAAUUUCAUGACACUUUUCUCGAUCUCACCGAAGAAUUUCGUAAACGUACAUAUCCAAUUGAACAACUGAUGUUUGAAGCAUAUCGCUAUUCAAAACUUCAGUUAAAUUCACAUCCAACUGACAAUAAGCUGCGCGAAAGACUAAGUAUUGAAUUGGAAGAUAUUGUUGGUCAAACAUCANGUAUUGUCUUAGAAAACGAUUUUUUUCUCAUCAAUUCUGCUUCUAAUGAUGUGGUAGUACAAUUUAUUUCUUCGCAAACAAGAUUGCAUAGUAGCAGGCAGAGAUAUAUAGACUGUCAGCUCUGA